GGGGGAGGGGCUGCUCGGUCCAGUUCUCUUAUACAGUCAGUUGUACAACCAGUUUUUUUUUAUAAAUACAGGAACUGAACAUUUUGUAUUUGUAAGUCAGUUAUGUCAGUAACACUUUGAAUUUCAGAUCUUUUUUUUUACCCAUAAAAUCUAAAUUUGAUCCAAGGUCUACUAAAACCUUGGAUCAAAUUCAUAUAUAUAUUUUUUAGAUCUUUUAAAUGUGAAAUCACUGAGAAAACGGCAAACUGUGGUUAAAACGGGGUAAACGUGUGGUGACUGAAUGUGAACAGACACACCGCCUGCUGCCACGGCUCAGUCCUUAACAAAAAAAACGCAAAAGCUCUAUUUUAUUCAACAGGACCAGUCUGACAUUUAACCCCAAAAUGCUGAACUUCAAAGUGUUGGCUGCAGAAAAACCCCAUUUAGGAUGUCCAAAAGUGUCUUGUUUGUGCAGUAAACUCUGACCUGUUUCUGUACACGUUUCAGAGGUUUUUCCUUUUGAGGAGGUAGGGGACAUCACAAAUGCUUGUGUCCAUAACUGUUUGGUUUUUUUUACCCUUUUUGUAUUUUAUAUCUCCAGGGACCUUCUUAAAUGACCCUCCCCACCCCAUUCUGCCCCCCUGUCACGAAGUGUUUGAUCUCGGAGUAAGACCACCUGAGCGUUUGGGUGCCGCCUCUGGUUACGGAUUUUCAUUGGCUUAAAUGUUGUGCUUAUGCAGUGCAUGCUUCUGAGGGAUCAGGGUAAGAUGGAAUAAUUGUUUUUGUUCCCAUCUGUUUUUUAGGUAGCUCCUACUCUUAGAGGACGACCAAGUCACCUUAGCUCUUCGGUGCAUGUUUAAUUGCAUUUUUUUUCUUGAAUCCCUCGACAUGCUGGCAAAAAGCUGCAGAUGAGCCUCCAAGUGAAAGGCCUUAACACCAGCGUUUCUAUCCUCUCACUGUCUUUGUUGGGGCGGACAACUGGGGCGGUUUCUAGACCCUCUCAGGUUUUUUUUUGCAGAACUCUGCACUGUCUGUGAAAUGAUGGACUGACUGCUCUGUGUGUCAACCCCAAUGUUGUACUUUUCAGGCCACCGUUCUCAGACGCGUUUGUGUGAUUGUGCGGGUAAACGGAGGACGCCGUCAUUGACUUGAACGCCCCGCCCACAGGUUUCUCAGAUGAGACACGGCCGCACGGUUCCCUCCUGUUGGUUUAGGGGAGUGGAACGGCUUUUAUGGCGGCAGGACUGUGGUGUUGUCUCUGUGUAAGACGCGAGUGCUGAAGCGCCGUCACGUGAGGACGCUGAGUCUGCUUUUCCCCGCUCCCCAAGGAAAAAAAUGUUGUGUUUCUGGUUUCUGAAGUUCUACAUGUGUAGACCAUGAACGUAGAUAUUUCCUGUUAACACUACAGGGUGUCAGUGAUGUGAAUUGCAAAUGUCAUUUGUCUUCAUGAUGAUUUUCAUCCCUCAAAGCGCCGCAUUGAUUGUCUUGAUGGGAGGUGCCUGUGAGUAAACCCCGUACAGGGGAAGCAAAGUGCUCUGCUCCUGUAACCUGAGUGCUCUUUCUGUUUUUUGACAGAGGUGUCUGUAGUCUGUCCUUUAUUUGGAGGCAGCGUCCACCUUUAGUUGGUAACCUUGCUAUUUUCGGGGGCUCUGCGGUCUGUUAAAAGUGUGGUUGUUCGCCCAGCAGGAGUCUUGCCUCAGGCUGGCCUAAAAUGGGCAGAACUGGUGGUGAACAAAAGCUGCUUGUCGCUCGUACAAACGUACUUGAAGCGCUGCAGCCGGGACCACGCUGCGUUUCUAUUGCCUGUGCCUCUCAACAGGAAAGCAGAGACCCAACAUGUUCCCAAAGGGCACCAAGCGCAAGUUCUCCGACCCGGCCGAGGAGCCGGCUUCCAGCGGUGACCCGGGCCCGGCGGUCCCGCCCCCAGCGGCUCGGACGCUGUCGUCCUCGUACAGCCUGCAGCGGCAGUCGCUGCUCGACAUGUCGCUGAUCAAGCUGCAGCUGUGUCACAUGCUGGUGGAGCCAAACCUGUGCCGCUCGGUGCUCAUAGCCAACACGGUGCGGCAGAUCCAGGAGGAGAUGACCCAGGACGGCACCUGGCAGAUAAUGACCCAGGCGCUGGCGGCCGCCCAGUGCCCCGCUGACCGCCUGGUGGCCACCGAGGUGCUGUGCCGGCAGACCGAACCGGGGGCUCAGGCCGGGCAGAGCCCAAAGCCGUUUCCAGUGGUCGGUCUGGAGGAGGGUUACCACUCAGAGGAGGUGGUGAUGGAGGGGGAGGUGGAGACGGAGGUCACCAUGUCCACUCUGUCCCCCCAGCUGUCCUCCAGCUCUUACCUGGCAGGGCCCUUUGGCAUGGACCCCUGCUGGGACGAGGAAGACGAGGAUGGGGACUGUGAAGAGGAGGAGGAGGAGGAAGAGGAAGAAGAGGAGGAGGAGGAGGAGGAUGAGGAGGAGGACAGCGAGGAGUGCAUGUCGGAGGCAGAUGAAGCUGACCGUGACCACUUAAGUGCAGACUCCAGGACAGCUGAGCAGGUCUUUGGGACGUUUGAGAUCAAGCAUCCGGCCCCGCCUCCUGACCCGGCGCUGGAGGAGCUGUUUUCGGACGUGGACCCGUCCUACUACGACCUGGAUACGGUGCUGACGGGCAUGCAGAGCACCCCCAAAAUGGGGCCUUACGAUUUGCUGGAGAGCCUGUCCUCCCAUGCGCCCACAGCCCUGAGCUCCAGCGCCAGCUGCAGGUCCGACCUGAACGAACUGGACCACAUCAUGGAGAUCAUCGUGGGCUCCUGAAACCCAGACGGUCUCCAGUGACCCUACAGACUCCUGUCAGACUAUGCACACGCCAUGUGCACGCGCUCUCGAGGGAUUUCUAUAGAAUGUUGGAGGUUUGCGAAGCGGGAAACCAACCCUGGUACGGGAGGGGUGUUCAGACGGGCCGGGCUCGUGGCGGUCCGUCCAGAGUGGUACCUCCACAGGCCCUCCUGGUCCGGGAGCGGUUUCCUCCUUUGCUGCCAAACUCCACGUCUGUGAAGAGGCAGAGACCUUUCCCGUACCGCCACGCCACGCGUCCUUUUUCUUUUUUACACGUACUAUCCAUGUUUUUGAGGUGGACCGUCAGCUCCCGGCGGUCACGCCGUCUGCCUUUACGUUCAGCUCUAUUUAUUGUGACACGGACAGGAGGAGGUCAUCACACUACACGCAUCCCAGACCAGAACAAAGUGUAAAUCCAAAUCUAUGAAUUAAUGCAUAUUUUCCUAGAGAUUUGAGCAACUAUGAAUGGAAUAUAUGUAUAUGUACGUACAUGUAUAUAGAAAUAUAUUUUUUUGCAUAAUACAGCGGGGUGGGGGUUUUGCAGACGUCAUUUGAUAUUAUUUUUCCCUCCGGAGAUUUUUUUUAAUGUAGCCAGACUCGGACGGCGUCUUCCCACGGUUUGGCAUUGCGAGUCGACUGUAAAAGGCGUCCCUAGCGGCGUCCUCACACUUCUGACGCAGCGUUUGGAGAAAAAAAAAAGCUUUACGCAGAGCACGGAAUCGAACCUCCAACCCAGCGUUGGUUAGCACCGCGCCGCGUCUGUUCACAGUAUUUACAUUUCUCCGCUCUGCUUUUUAUACACGGAUCCAAUGAACCAAUCAGGAGCAGCUUUUUCCUAAAACAUCUGGGUGAUAACUGCAUCAAGAAGCCAUAUUUCUUUGUAUCAUUUGUUACUGCAAAUGAAGAAUUCUGUGUUUCAACCCAUCUAAUUUAUUGUUUUAUUUAUUGUAUUUAUUUUAUCCAGGUACAGACAUGCCAUAUUGACUUGUCGGUUCAAACUCCAGGUCAAAUCACGUAUUUCCAAAUUACAGCCUCCAUUUUAUUUUGGUUUUCGCUACAACCGGGUCACUCUUCAGACGACUAUGCAGCUCUGUCAUACGUGUUUUUAGAACGACUGUCUAUGACUCAAAGGUCCUUUUUAUGCAAACAGUUGCCUUUGUCCUAAAUGGGUUCAAAAUCAGAUGCAUUUUUCUCAAAUUUGUUCCGAAAUCAAUAACUCAGGCAGAUGAAAUGUAUUGAUGACAAUACAGUAUUACGACAUGCUUAAUACCGUACCACAACACUCCUGAAGGAUGUCAUUCUAGUCUGAAUGGGAGCUAGAACUUCAAAGACUAAGUAUCGUUGUAAAAUGUAUGCAUUUUUAUAUCAAACAUUGUAGCAUCUUUGUAAAUAUUUUUUUAUAAUAAAAGAUGUAACAAUUCAAA